AUGGCCUCCCGCAAUAAUAUAUCCACGUUUCGGCUGCUUUUGGAGGCUCACGGCCGUCCUGCCGAUAUCCGCCCAGCCCGGAUCAACGAGGUGGCCAACUGGGACGCCAUAUUUUCCGACCCCAAGAUGUUCUCCUCGAUGCUCAUCUACAUAGCGUUCAUGAUGGCGCAAUUGGGACUCAGUUACGCCGGAUUCGUGUAUUUCGAGGUGGAAAAUAGACCCGCCAUCUACAGUGUGUCGCUGCUGUACAAUAUAUUUGCGUCGUAUUUCUUCCCGAUCCUCAUAGCCAGCACCAUGGAGGAGAACCUGGAGAACCCGUUCGAGAGCCUGCGCAAGGAGGUGCGUGCGUGCCAGGGUUUCGUGGUGUGCGUGUGCAUCCAGGCAGUGGCUCUGGCGCUGUCGGUUUGGUCUACGGUGCGGAUAUUCCAAACUGAGCAGGUGCUGCUGGUUGACUACGACUAUAUCUCGAGACGCACCAAAAAAAUCGACGUCACCAGCAUGAUCAAGGUUUUUCAGGUGGUGAGCCUGAGUCUGACGGUGUUCGGGUUCCUGAUGAGUCUCGUGAACUUUGUCAUCACGAGAAACAGGCUUAUUCGGUAUCUGCACCGCAUCGAGCGUGAGGGCGAGCACGAAUGGGCCAGAGACAAUCUGCCGGACGAUUUCUACGAGCGUUGCAUUAAGACACACCGCGGCACGGCUAAAUAG